CCGCGUCCGCCUCCUGCUGCGUGCGUGCGCGCGCGCGUGUGCGUGAGAAGCAACGAGGCAGCCCCCCCUCCACGUGGCCACGCUGUUGCCUGCUGCUCUUUGCUCUCCGCCCACCACAGCAGGGCGGCGUCUCCUCCGCCUCAGUCAGUCCUGCCCGCCCGCUCGACGAGGGGUUGGUAACGGUCGCCGUUUCAGUUCUGCAGGGCAGCCGCUGCGCCGCCGCCGCCACGAUGGGCUCGGGCGAGUUGCUGCCUCUCUUGGUGGAGGUGGCCAACUGGAGCACGAUCCUGGCCUGCCUGGUGCUCAAGGUCCCGCAGGGGGUCGCUGUGAUCGCCGCCAAGUCCGCCCGGGGAAUCAGCCUGGAGAGUCUGGUGCUGGAGCUGAGCGGCUUCAUUGUAUGCCUGCGGUAUAUGAGUUACUACAAUAAUCCACUGCCAAGCUAUGUAGAAUAUCCCAUCAUCAUUGUACAAGAUGUCAUUCUUUUGCUAUUUGUUCUUUAUUACAAUGGCAAAAUGAAGGAUGCUUUGUAUUACACAGUCAUAUUUGUGGUAGGAUGGUACAUGCUAGCUCUGCAGCAAUGGAUCAUUAACCUGGCUAUGAACUUGAGUACUGUGGCCAGUGCGUUGAGUAAAUAUGCUCAGCUUCAAUAUCUCUGGUGGACUAAAGAUUCCGGACAAGUGAGUGCCCUGACUUGGAGUCUAGCUGUAUACACUUGUCUAACAAGAAUAUUUACAACUAUAAUGACCUCAAAUGAUGUUACAGUUCUUGUCCGUUUCAUAGUCAUGUCAGUUCUCAAUGUGUGGGUCUUAGCAACUAUACUGCAUUACAGGAAGAUUGUGAAGAAGACUGACUAAGAUGGGAGCUCUUCUAUUUUAAGUCGCUUGGACCAAAUAGGAAGAUGGAACCAAUAUAAGAGACUCUAUCUGGGGCCAAAGUGUCAUUAAAUCAACAUUCCAUUUAAUAGGAAAUCACCAAAAGCUACACGCUGACAAUUGAACUUGGCCGUAUUGAUAUCUGAAGUAAAAUUCCACAAGACUUUGGAAUAUACACACUUGGAUGUACUGUUUUCUAAUAAACUUAAAUAGUUGGACAAUAUUUUAGGACGGUA